AUGGACACUGGAGCCCCACUUCCGGACUGCUGGCCUUCAGCAGCCGAGGCUUUUUCCCUCAGACGAGGCCAGCGCGGGCUCUCAAGGAUCAGCCGUGGGAUCGAUUUCCAGAUCCGACACGGAGAGAAAGGAGCUCAGUUCAACGGUCACAUGGGGCUACUGACCGCCGUGUCCCUCUCUACGCCCGGGGUAUUUGCACCGCCGUGCCUCCACGGAGGGCUCUGCAUUUGCCCAGACGUCAUCUCUACGAGGGUCCUCUAUGACGAUUCCCGGUGUCCUCUCACGAGGGUUAUUCUGAACGCCGCCCCUUGUAAUCUCUACGAGGCGGCCUACUGCACGCGUUGUCCUUCGCGGUGUUACUGCCGCUGUUGUCCGGAUACGAGUGGUCCUAUUGCACGCUUCGCCUUUCCUGCUGUUCCAGAGGAAACACCUGAAAAUGGGCAAAUAGUGAAGAGUCACCUGGUGAAGCGGUCCACAUUGGGCUCCGGACGCUGGACUGAGUUCAACAGACGCUACUUCUACUACGUCCCACAGCUUCUGUCCUGGACUCAAGCCGAGAGAAACUGCCAAUCGCUGGGGGGGAACCUGGCGUCUGUGCACAGCGUGACGGAGUACCACACGCUCCAGAUUCUGGUGCUGAGAGCCACCCACAAGCAAGAAGCGACAUGGAUCGGAGGCUCUGAUGGAGAACAAGAGAAACACUGGUUCUGGUCCGACGGGACGUCUUUCCAGUACACCAACUGGUGCGCUAGAGAGCCCAACAACGCCGGAGGCAGGCAGGACUGUAUACAAAUGAACUAUUCAGUUAAGAAGUGCUGGGACGACCAGAAGUGCACAUCCAGACUGCCCUCCAUCUGUGCCAAGUGAAGAUGAUUUCUGAGCCAGAGGCAGGAAGUCCCCGUGAAUUAAAAGCAUGCUUUCAGAGACACCUGUCUCUCCACCAUCUUUACCUUUCUUUGUA